AUGUAUAAUGGUCCUCCAGCAUCAAAUUCUAGCACGAGCCCAUUAAUUCAAAUCCCACAGUGGCAAACAGAGCAACCACCAUUCAUGGAUUCAAAUACCCAUCAGAACUUGCACUCCCAAGAGCACCAAACUCACCAACCCAAUUCUGGGUUACUGAGAUUUCGCUCUGCUCCGAGCUCACUGCUGGCAAAUUUCAACGAGAACAGCGAUUUGGGUCUCAUUGGUAAAAACCCAAUUGAGGGUUCUGAGUCAGAGAGAUUGUUUUCUAGAUUUGCGAAUUACACCCACACCAACGACUCGGAUUCUUGGCCGUCGAGUUUUCAAGAGUUGGACGACAAGUCUACGGUGACGGCGACGGAGGCGGCGGUGACGGAGAGCCGUAUGAGCUCACAGCAGCAGGGCUAUUCUGGGCUCCCUCCUCAUUAUCCGAGACAGAGCUCGUUCAAUGGCUCGUAUGGGUUGGUGGGUUCGGCUGCAAUGAAUCAUCACACUCAACCCAAGGCCGUUCACUCGAAUCUUGUUCGACAAAGUAGCUCCCCUGCUGGGCUUUUCUCCAACUGCUCUGUUCAAAAUGGAUUCCAAUUCGGAACUUGGAAUGAUUCAUCAAAUUUUGCUGAAAAUUUAGGUGGCAUGCGAAGAGACCAAGAUAAUGACGGGAAGUUAUUUUCUGUUCCUCAGAAUGGAGAGCUUGAAAACCGGAUUCAUUUACUAUCCCACCACCUGAGUUUACCUAAAACAUCAGCAGAAAUUGCCAUGGAAAAGUUCUUGCAACUCCAAGAUUCUGUGCCUUGUAAAGUUAGAGCAAAGCGAGGUUGUGCCACUCAUCCCCGAAGCAUUGCAGAAAGAGUUAGAAGAACACGGAUCAGUGAACGAAUGAGGAAACUACAAGAGCUUGUCCCAAACAUGGACAAGCAAACCAACACAGCAGACAUGCUAGAUUUGGCUGUUGAGUAUAUUAAAGACCUUCAGAAGCAGUUCAAGACUCUUAGCGACGUUCGAGCGAACUGCAAGUGUUUAAACAUGCAGAAGAAGCCGGUUUCGAAUCAGAUUGUUUGACGUGCUUUUCUGUACAGGAAACCAGGAGAGUGAUGGGGGGAAAGUGGAUUGAAACCACAUAAUAUUUUCUUUUUAAGCAGUGAACAUCAAGUAGAAAGUAAAAAAGAGAUAGAAGGUAUUGUAGUUUUUAGUGGGUUUGAUGUAGAAGGUUGGUAGAUUUUCCACCACAACAUGGAGAGGGGACCAGGCCUUGUAAGCUAGGAAGCUUUUGAUUCCCAAUUACACAGUAUAUGAAAUAAACAUAAAAGAAAGUACAUGACAUGUUCUAAUAAUCAAGUCCUUUAAAUUUGUCAUUUUAUAUUGAGUGUCUUUUGUUUUGAA